AUGGUAAAAAAGAAUAGAACUUGUGAACGCUGUGGCUAUACAUGCGCAACACCCCAAAAGCUACGUGAGCAUCUCAAAAGAAAAAACCCGUGCAGACCUCAAGCCCCCAUAGCUGAACCCGAAAUAAUUACUAAUUCCGCUAAUAUGCAGGGCAUAGAGCCCAUUCCGUACAAGAAUCUUAAUGACAGAAAUCCAGGGGAAACAGUUAAGCAAUGGGGUUCAAGAUUACGAAAAAGAAUUAAGUAUCUAAGUCUUAAAGAUCGUGAUCAACCCAAAAAUUUAGCAGAAUGCAAAGCUCUUUAUGAUGAAUUAUUGCAAAUGGAUGAUGAGGCGUAUGACUAUAUAGAACCUACAAAGCUUACAAAAGAAGAAGAAGAAUUCUUUGGAGAACCUGAAAUCGAAGUAGGCUCAAAGAGCCAUUGCUCCGCAAUAGAGGGACAAGUAUCACAGCCUGUUAGACAUGAAGUGUCCCGUUCCACAGAAAGUCAAGUUAUAGACUCUCCUAGACCCAAAGGGUCAUUGCUAUGCAAUAAAGGUUCAAAAACUGCAAUAGACCAAACAAAUGAGGAAUUUGAGCGUCUCAGUAUGAUUACUGGAGACUAUGAAAAAAAUUUAGUAUUUCGAGAGCAACAGUUAGGCCCUGCACUUAAAAGACGGGCUGUAGCCGUGCAUAAUGCAAAAGUCCCGAGAUAUCAUCCAGACAAUGGAAGCGAUAUAAGAAAAAUACUAGAGAGCCAAAGAAAGCCAUUUCGGGAUUUACUUGAAAAAGAAUUUGAUAAGCGUGGUCAAUUCAAAUUUGCAUUAUGCUCUCUUACAAAAUUUCUAGUAGACAAAAAACCAGGAGCUGAUAAGGAGGCAGACAAAAAUAAAAAAUCGCGAACUGACUGGCUAAGAAAUAAGCAAAUUAUAGUAUAUAAUCGAGCAGAAAUAGAUGAUUACUUAAGUAAUGCUUUCGAACAAAUUUUAUAUCAAGUUGAGGAAAGGGGCGGAAAAUCUAAUGCUUAA